AUGCUCGACGUUAUAGACUUCGUCACGGAGCGCGGUGGUAAUCCAGAGAAUAUUCGCGAGUCUCAACGUCGUAGAUUCGCCGAUGUUGAGAUCGUGGAUGAGAUCAUCGCCCUGUUCGACGGUCACCGCAAAACUCAAUACAGCGCUACACAAGUAAACAGCAAGAUCAAUGAUAUUCAGAAGCAAAUUGGAGCUAAGAAGAAGGCCAAGGAGAACGCGGAUGAGUUGCUCAAGCAGAAGGCCGAGCUUGAGAGGGAGAAGAAAGCACUUGUAGAGUCCGCUGCCGAGAAAGAUGCAUUGCUUAGGGCGAAGAUCAAGACGGUAGGCAAUUACGUACAUGACUCCGUGCCAGUGAGCAAUAACGAGGACAACAACGUGGUAGAACGUACGUGGGCGCCAGACGGCGUUAGCCUGAAGCAGCGCGACAAUAUUCUCUCUCAUCAUGAAGUCCUUCUUAGACUUGACGGCUACGAUCCCGACCGUGGUGUGAAGGUGGUUGGCCACCGUGGUUACUUUCUACGGCAGUGGGGAGUAUUUUUGAACCAGGCUCUAAUCAACUAUGGCCUCGAAUUUCUUAGUAACAGAGGAUACACUGCUUUGCAGACGCCGCAGUUCAUGCUCAAGGAUUACAUGGGCAAGACUGCUCAGCUUGAGCAAUUUGACGAGGAGUUGUACAAAGUGACAGAUGGCGAUGCAAAGAAUGACAAGUACCUGAUUGCUACGUCGGAGCAGCCCAUUUCGGCAUUCCACGCUGAUGAAUGGCUGAUCCCCAAGGAUCUUCCCAUCAAAUAUGCUGGAUACAGCACUUGCUACAGACGUGAGGCCGGUUCCCAUGGCAGAGAUGCUUGGGGUAUUUACCGUGUCCAUCAAUUUGAAAAGGUAGAAGCCAUACCCCGCCCGCAGCACUAUGUGUUAAUGCAAGAAAAAUCUUGGGAUGCCUUCAAUGACAUGAUACGUAUUUCCGAGGAGUUCUACAAGUCACUCGAGUUGCCGUACCAAAUCGUGUCCAUUGUGUCUGGCGCAUUGAAUAAUGCAGCGUCUAAGAAGUUAGAUUUGGAGGCCUGGUUUCCUUUCCAAGGCGAAUAUAAAGAGCUUGUUUCUUGCUCCAACUGUACUGACUACCAGUCUCGCGCCCUCGAGAUACGAUUUGGUUCCAAGAUGCAGACCGACGUCAAGAAGAAAUAUGUUCAUUGUCUCAACUCUACACUCUGUGCAACUACCAGGACUAUGUGCUGCAUUUUGGAGAAUUACCAGACUGAGGAGGAAUACUCCAGCGUUCUCCAACCGGCUUUCUCUGGCACAGCGAGACUGGAUUCCUUUUCAUUUUCAGUUGUCUGGGGAGCCGAAGGGUCGAUGAGCAUGCCUGGAUGGGCGGGCAUAUUUCGAGGCCGGGGAAGAGGAAGUGAACACUCUCGCCGCAACAACAGUGCAAAGCCUGUCGCCUUGAGAGCGCCAAAAGCUGUCAAUCUAGAGGCCGAGAGGCUGGAAGAAUCGAGGCACGGUGGCGACUCAAAGAAGCAAUCAGCACCAACACUCGGAACGAAUCAUCUUGGGAAAUUCGCGUAUGAAGAUGAAAUGCCAAACUGGCUCGCGAGAAAACUGGCUAGAGAUGGCCAGGUUUGUACCGAUGGUAAGAAGCCUGCUGGCAAGCGGCGCAUCAUGGCAACCAACUGGGAUGAAGCACGAGAACUCAAAGGCGUUUUUGCAGGUGUUAUCCCGGCCCUGGCGCGGCUUGUGGGAAAGAGUCGAUCAAUAAGCUAUGCGUACUUUUGCCACCCUUGCGUGCAGCAUGUAUCGAAAUUGCGCCGAGAAGGCAAGCGCAACACUUUUACCGCAUCUUGA